AUGAGGGCGGGCGAAAAUUCUGUCUUCUACUCCUACGUCAAACAGCUGAAUUCAUACAGCAAAAUGACAGAAAGCAAAACACAGGGGGGCAGGAAGCCUCAGUUGCUUGUGGUGUCAAACCGCCUUCCCUUAUCCCUGAAACGAACAGAUGAUGGAAAAUAUGAAUCCUCGAAAUCCAGCGGUGGACUGGUCACAAGUCUCAGCGGCAUAUCGGAAUCGAUUGGGUUCCAAUGGUUUGGCUGGACCGGAUUGGAAAUAUCCGAAGAUGAGCAGCAGGAGGUUCAAAAAUUGUUGGCUAAGCAGGACGCUGUUCCCAUCUUCCUAAACAAGGAGCUGGCUGACAAUCAUUACAAUGGGUUUUCAAGUGAGUGUCCUGUUGCUGAUGUUAUAUAUGUUGCUGUGGCCCCAACAUCACCUGCCAUUGUUGCCGGUACUGAUGACCAUUCCAACUUAGAUUCGAUACUGUGGCCGGUCCUGCAUUAUCAACCCGGAACUCAGCAUUUUGACGAAAAGUGGUGGCAUGCAUAUCAAGAGGUUAACCAGGUAUUCGCGAAAGUGGUUGCGGAAGCCACCUCUGAUGGAGAUUUGGUGUGGGUGCAUGAUUAUCAUCUGAUGCUUCUGCCCGGCAUUUUGCGAAAAGAAUUUGCCAAACAGGGCAAACAUUCAGUAAAAAUUGGUUUCUCCCUGCAUACCCCAUUCCCCGCUGCAGAAGUGUACCGGGCUCUUCCGACAAAUCAGGAACUGCUCGAAGGGGUUUUGAACAGUGACUUGAUAGGGUUUCAUACCAAUGAUUACGCGGGACACUUUGCAGAAGCUUGUUCUCAGAUAUUAGGUGCGUCUAAAGACGGGCUGACACUGCGUUAUAAGGAUCGAACCAUCCAGGUUGGAAAGUUUAUUGUCGGUAUCGAUCCAACACGCUUCUUGGAGGCAGUGGAGUCAGAAGCCGUCAAGAAACGAAUCGCCGAGCUUGAAGAUAAGUACAAGGGUAUAAAACGGAUUGUCGGCGUCGACAGACUGGAUUACAUUAAAGGACUACCAGAGAAGCUGCGCGGUUUCCAGGAGUUCCUUCGAACACACCCCGAAUGGGUUGGGAAGAUUGUCUUGAUCCAGAUUGCUGUACCGAGCCGUGAAGAUGUCCAGGAGUACCAAGAACUAGAGGCUGAGCUAUACAGGCUGGUGGGCAUGGUCAAUGGCGAAUUUGGUAAACCUGAUUAUGCACCAGUCAUCUUUAUUCACCAGUCAAUUCCUUUUGAAGAGUUGGCUGCCCUAUAUGCAGCAUCCGACAUAUGUCUGCUCUCAUCCACAAGAGAUGGCAUGAACCUUGUGGCCCUCGAGUACAUUGCCUGCCAGAAAGAAAGAAAUGGUGUACUAGCUGUCUCCGAGUUUGCUGGCGUAUCCUCAUAUUUGGAAGGGGGAGUCAAAUUCAACCCGUUCAACUCCAGCGAGAUUGCCAGGGUGAUCCACGAUGCGGUAGAAAUGGACACAGAGCAGAGAAAAAAGGAGCACGCGCGGCUCCUUGACUUCAUAAAGACUCAUACCAGCACCCAUUGGGGCCAGGGAUUCGUUGAAAAACUUUCGGCUGCUUAG